CCCCACGUUCUACCUGAUUUCCAUUCGUCCCUCCCCCAUCAUCCUUGCCCAAUCAUCUCUCCUUUCUUCACAGACACACACACACUCUUUCGCACUAGUAAACACACCAUGGCUGCAGUGUGUGUUCUCCGCAUUGCGUCCCUUCUCUUGCUUUUUGCAGCUGCUAAAGCUAGAAUCCCAGGGCCUUUCACCGGAGGGCCGUGGGAGAGUGCCCACGCUACUUUCUACGGUGGCAGCGACGCCUCUGGAACUAUGGGUGGUGCAUGUGGAUAUGGCAAUCUCUACAGCCAAGGCUACGGAGUGAACACAGCCGCACUGAGCACAGCACUUUUUAAUAAUGGGCUGAGCUGUGGUGCUUGCUUCGAGAUCAAGUGCGCCGACGACCCCAGGUGGUGUAACCCUGGGAGUCCCUCCAUUUUCAUAACCGCCACCAACUUCUGCCCCCCGAACUACGCUCUUCCCAGCGACAAUGGCGGCUGGUGCAACCCUCCCAGGCCCCACUUCGACCUCGCCAUGCCCAUGUUCCUUAAGAUCGCCGAGUACCGCGCUGGAAUCGUACCGGUCGCUUACCGCCGGGUUCCAUGCAGAAAGCAAGGUGGCAUCAGAUUCACGAUCAACGGCUUCCGUUUCUUUAAUCUGGUUUUGGUUACCAAUGUUGCGGGUGCAGGAGACAUCGUGCGGGUGAGCAUUAAAGGAUCAAACACUGGGUGGAUGAGCAUGAGCCGCAACUGGGGUCAGAAUUGGCAGUCCAACGCCGUUCUCGUUGGCCAGUCUCUUUCCUUCAGGGUCACGGGCGGUGAUCGCCGCACAUCCACCUCAUGGAACGUGGCACCCUCUCAUUGGCAGUUCGGGCAGACUUUCACUGGAAAGAAUUUUCGUGUCUGAACUCUGAUCGAUCACGGGUCUCUCUCUCUCUUUUUUUUUUUUCCUUUUGGUACCCCUUAUUUUAGCUUGCUUUUCCAGCUUCAAUUUUCUUUUAUUUUCUCGAGAAAAUUUGAAGUAUGGGAUGAGGGUACUUUAAAGUUGUCUGUAUUAUGUAAUAGUGGGCGCUGGUUAAAGUAAAAGUGUAGGGGGCCGAAGUGGCUGCAGUUGUACCAUGAAAGCAUGUAGCCCGCAGCUCUAUAUAUGUAAGUUACUGCAAUAUAAUAUAUUUAAAGUUUUAGUU